GGGGGGGGCGGCUGAGCAAGCUUCUGGGGAGCCUGCGGCCUACCUGCCGGCCCUGGCGGCGGUAAAGCCGCGGCUGUGAGGAGGGCAUGGGCAGGGGGACCCUUCCUUCCAGUAGUUUACCUCAGCGGCCAACCCAGCCGCUCGCGCCCCGCUUUUUCACCUGUCGGCCAAGAACACCCGUCCCUUCACCGCGGCCCGCCAUGCUCCCCUGAACUCUGUGUCUGUCUGCGAAGGCCAUGGAGAAGAGUUUGGAAAACAGUUUCAGCAUCAGCUUUCUGAAUCCAUUGGUAAUCUUCUUUAGGAAAUCUGCCAAGUGUCUGGGCCAUCUUCCUCUAAUCUAUGUAUUUGUCUGCCUCAGUGCCCUCUUUCUCUGUACAGAUGGAAGCUGGAGCAGAAGUGCUUGCCAGUCUGGAAAGCCUUUGGAACAGAGCAGUUUGAGGUCAUCAGACGGUGUCCAACUUCAGCUGCUAGAAGGACUGCAUUCUAUCCACUCUUGUCAAGCUGCUUGUUGUCAAACCCCAGCCUGCGGUGCAUUUUGGCUCAUGGGGACUAUCUGCAUCCAGGUGAACUGUACCAAGUCUCACAAGUGUCAGGAGAUCAGAACUGACACGGUGGAGCCCAUCAUGGUCUUUGUAACAAAAUCUGAUCUUGAUGUAGAUUCCCAACCUGCCAAAGAGAGGCAAGCCCAUCUUCCCAAAUGGUUGAACUGGAGGGAGAGACAUCAGAGUAAGUCAAGGAUACAGAGGUCCUUCAAAGAGCUGCCUGCUCACGCACUGCACUUAGGAAAAGUCAGGGGAAAUUCUCUAAAGCGAGACGUGGACUCCACCGUUGGAAGUUCUAUAAACCAUCCAGUUCCAUCAGAAGACUUGGAUAGACUACCUACUCACAAGGAUCUUAAAGAACCACCGUCUUCAAGAUCGGAAGCAGACCUUUCAGGAAACCUUAGCAAAGUAGAGAAAAUCCUCCUGCCAAAUGAUAAGGGUUCAGAAGAACUGAAACUCCAAAGCCCAUCUUCUUCCAACAGUGAUAACAUUAGCAGACAGCAUGACCUUGAUGGGAGUGACUCUUUGGAGGCCCCUACAGGAGUUUCUACACCAUAUCCCUCUUCAGCAACCAUCUUCCCCAGUCCUGUUGGGAACUCUGAGAAAACCAGACCAUCCAACAAUGCUUCCAUCCAGACUGCCUCUUUAGAAAAAGCCAUCCCAACUUCUAAUAGUCUUCCAGGAAAGGAUUUGGAGAAGGUGCAACAGGUGUUCCCUGUUCCAACUGGCACACCCAUCAAUGGCAGUGUUAUUGCAGUUCUGACCAAUCCUGCUAUGGUACCUAGUACUCCUGCCCCAACACCAGUUAUGAAGAAAUUGGCAGUUUCUGCUGGAGACAGUGUCCAGGUGACCCUACCAAAGAAUGAAGUGGAACUGAAUGCAUAUGUCCUACCUCCACCGCCUAAAGGAAGUAGCUAUUCCUAUGAUUGGAGAUUGAUUACGCACCCAAAGGAUUAUAGUGGAGAGAUGGAAGGACAGCAUUCACAGAUUCUCAAGUUAUCCAAGCUCACAGUUGGCCUAUACGAAUUCAACGUGAUAGUAGAUGGUGAUAAUGCACACGGAGAAGGGAUGGUGAAUGUGACGGUUAAACCAGAGCCUCGAGUAAAUCAGCCCCCCGUGGCCAUUGUGUCACCCAAGUUCCUGGAGAUCUCUCUUCCAACCACCUCAACAGUCAUUGACGGCAGCCAAAGUACCGAUGAUGAUAAAAUAGUCAGCUACCACUGGGAAGAACUAAAGGGGCCACUUCGAGAAGAGAAGGUAUCUGCGGAUACAGAUAUUCUGGAACUGACCAACCUGGUACCAGGAAAUUACACAUUCCGCCUCACUGUGGUGGAUUCUGAUGGUGCUAGCAAUUCCACCACCGCUAACCUGACAGUAAACAAAGCCGUGGACUACCCCCCUGUGGCAAAUGCGGGUCCUAACCAAGUGAUCACCCUGCCUCAAAAUUCCAUCACCCUUUAUGGAAACCAAAGCACAGAUGACCACGGCAUUGUCAGCUACGAAUGGUCCCUCAGCCCCAACAGCAAAGUGAAGGUAGCAGAAAUGCAGGGGGUAAGGACUUCAACUCUGCAGCUCUCAGCCAUGCGUGAAGGUGACUAUACCUAUCAACUAACAGUGACAGAUUCUGCUGGCCAUCAGUCCACCGCUGAAGUCACUGUGAUCGUACAACCUGAAAACAACAAGCCGCCCAGGGCAGAUGCUGGUCCAGACAAAGAACUCACUCUGCCAGUGGACAGCACCACUCUGGAUGGCAGCAAGAGCUCAGACGACCAGAAGAUUGUCUCCUUCCUUUGGGAGAAAACAAAGGGUCCGGAUGGCGUGAAACUGGAAAAUGCCAACAGCAGCAUAGCCACAGUCUCUGGGCUUAAAGUGGGAACGUACAAAUUCACACUAACAGUCAAAGAUGAACGGAAUUUACAAGGGCAAAGUUCAGUUAAUGUCAUUGUGAAAGAAGAAAUAAAUCAGCCUCCUGUGGCAAAAAUUGUGGGGAACAGCCUUACCAUUACACUCCCUACAAGCACGGCAGAGCUUGAUGGGUCCCAAUCUAUGGAUGACAAAGGAAUUGUCACCUUCCUGUGGACUCGGGAUGAGAGCAGCCCUGCAGCAGGGGAGGUGCUAAAUAAUUCGGAUCAUCAUCCCAUUCUGUUUCUCUCCAACCUGGUGGAGGGAACGUACACCUUCCAUCUAAAAGUGACUGAUGCCAAAGGGGAGAGUGCUGUAGACCGAGCCACUGUGGAAGUGAAAGCUGAUCCUAGGAGGAACAACCUUGUGGAAAUGAUCCUAGAUGUCAACGUCAGCCACCUGACGGAGCGGCAGAAGGGCAUGUUCAUCCGUCAGAUCGGGGUUCUGCUUGGGGUCCUAGAUUCAGACAUCACAGUUCAGAAGAUCCAGGCUUACACUGAGAAGAGCACAAAGUUGGUGUUCUACGUGCGGAACCAGCCUCCUCGCCAGGUCUUCAAAGGGCGUGAUGUUGCAUGGACCCUCAAGAGUGAAUUGCGGAAGCAACAAUCAGAUUUCCUUAUCUUCCGUGCGCUGGAGAUCAAUACUGUCACCUGCCAGCUAAACUGUUCAGAUCACGGCCUAUGCGACUCUUUCACCAAGCGUUGUAUUUGUGAUCCUUUUUGGAUGGAGAACUUCAUCAAAGUGCAGAUUGGGGAUGGUGAAAGCAAUUGCGAAUGGAGUGUGCUCUACGUCGUGAUUGCAUCCUUUGUGAUUCUGGUCUCCCUUGGCAUCUUCUCCUGGGUGGUGGUCUGCUGCUGCAAGAAGAAAAAAGGAAAAGCCAGAAGGAAGAGUAAGUAUAAGAUCUUGGAUGCCACGGAUCAAGAGAGCCUGGAGCUGAAACCAAAUUCCAAAGCAGGCAGCAAGCAGAAGUCCCAGGCCCAGAAUACCAGUCUGAUGCAUUCCGAGUCUGAACUGGACAGCGACGAAGCCAUCUUCACUUGGCCUGACCGGGAGAAAGGAAAGCUGCUCCAUGGCCAGAACGGGUUUCUGAGAAACGGGCAGGUGAUCCUGAAGCCAAAAAAACAGCGAGAAGAGAUUCUAUAGCGACCGGCCUGCGUCGCAAAGAGGUGGCAAGGGAUUCAGAAGACCGCUCUCUCUUCGCCCUCGGUUGCACGAGGCAUCUUGGGAGCAUCACUGCUGGAGAGCCCUUCUCUCUUUACCAAUAAUCUCUUAAGAAAACGGGGAGUCAAACUGCCCGGUACUUGAAGCUGGACUCAAAAGGGAAAUUUAAUUUUGGCAAAAAAAAAAAAGUAGAAACUGUGAAACAAAGACUACAAAGGGCGGGUGCGGUUCUGAAAAACAAUGCAGAACUUCCCGGCCACUCCUGUGAAAACGCAUCGAUUUGCGUAGGGCUUGCAGUAGCGAUCCCAGGCUCUUCUCGCCAACAUCUGUUUGCCACAGCGUUGGCAACCUUCUUCACACACACUCCUGUGUUGUUUGUGAGAACACACUUUGUAGUUUGUCUUGAAAGCUGAGAUGCCUCAAACUAUUUUUUUUUUUGUCCUAAGAAAACCUUUCUGAUUCACCAUCAUUGAUGGAGCUUCCUUUUCCAGAAAUGGAAGAAGCUAAGCAUUGUCUCCACGGCAAGCAAAGAAACUGCAUGUUGGCUAUGAUGGUCAAGGGUUAUUUCCCCUUUUAAGUUUUUGCCAGUGGUGAGAAUUGAGAUGGAGCCUCCAGAUCAGUGGUGGCUUUUUCCUCCACACUCUUGCGUCCAGCCUGAAAGUUUUUCUCACUGAUAGUCAGUCACACUGUAAAACAACAGGCUCCUUUGCCUGUGAAAAACACUGAUGUGUUGUCUUGAAAACAACAAAAAACCACUUUUGCACAAGUUGAAAAUGAGGGAGAGGAUCAAAAGGCAAAUACAGGCAAACUGAUUCCAAUACUGCCCAGUAGAUCAGAGCCUCUUCCUCUCCUAUUGUAGCACCUCUUUAUCUGUUGUUAAUUCCAUGCACAUUGUGUGCUUUCCAACAGAAAUGUUGGUUAUCCCAUGUCAGAUCGAUAAACCACCAUCACCACCACCCCCCUUUUUUUUAAAACCUAGAGCAAAUACAGGCAUCUCCACUGAACAUCCCAUUUGGUGGAAAUCACAAGUUACUAGGCAAUAUGAACCAGCUCCCUUUUCGUCCCUAAGAUGAUGGAAAAUGCUUCGUAGUUUCAUUAGGGGUAUGUGAUUUACUCUCGCUCAUCUUCCUUUUCCCCUCUUAUUAUUACGUGCUUUAUUCAUUUCCGUGCUCUCUGUUUCACACUUGGCAAACAUCCUUUUUUUUCCCCCUCUAAAGAAAAAAAAAAACCCUAAUUGAUUAUCCCUUCCUUUCCCCCCCCCCUCAUUCCCUCCUCUUAGUGCUAUCACUGAUGAAUUGCAAAAGGCAAACCAUUCUAAGGACUUACACUGUGAUGAGGAGGACCCUAAUUUUUAAAUUGUCGAAGUUCAGAUUUUUUUUUUUUAGGUUUAGGAUGGCCAGUUGGUGGCCCAGGCGCCAGAUACCUCCUGAACAAUUAUGUGGGUCCUCUAGAGCAGAAGUCGCCAACCUUUGGGGCACCAGGGACCGGUGGCAUGGAGAAAGGUUUUUCCCGCGGACCAGAAGGGGUGUGGUUUUGAAUACUGCCUGCCUCCUGAGGAUGGAGCAUUGCUUGUUUGUGCGGCCUGCUUGGUGGCAUGCUGCGGACCGGUGACGGUCCACGGACCGGGGUUGGGGACCCCUGCUGUAGAGGUUAGUAGACCCAAGGUGAAUGGUUUACUAUAUUCUUAAUAAAGUCUUUGGAAGUAAGGGAGAAAAAGUUGAUAGUGUUAUGUAGGCCCCAAAAGGUUAUAAACGGAAAUGUAGCCUUGAGGAUCCUGAUGUUGGCCAGGCUUAUUUCUGGUGAAGAAUCAUUUUUCAAGUUCUUCUGUUUCCUGUUUACAUUGCUGCACUACUGAUUUUUGGGAAGAUGAAGAAAUAAAUAUGCUGCUCAGCCUGUGGGGGCUCUUAACCCCGUUGAACUGUAA